ACUCGAAUAAUCCAACAGUUAAGGAUAUCCUUUGUUCUUGUGUGAUUUCUCGAAAAAACCUACAAUAAACUAUAGCACAAAGUAUACAUAGCUGCUUCUAAUCACCGAUAUAAUCCUAGUUCGGUAUGUCAACACGUUAUUCAUUUCAUUCACCAUUAUUUUGCUUUCAUCAAAAGUGAUUUCCCACUGUCACUUCUUCAAUUCAAAAUCAGCUGAUUGAAAUCAAUAGAUUUAAGGAAUUCCCUUCUUGCUUUGUGUGGAACUGUGUUAUUUCUGAGAGAAAAAUAGGAAGUUCAGACAAGAUUCUUAUCAGAUGCCGGAGAGCGCCGCGCAGGUUCCCGCCGUCAAUCCGUUGGAAUAAAAUCGACUGAAAGCGAGCCGUUGAAUCAUACGUGAACGUGUUCCCGUCAGAGCGUAGAGUUCGUACAUGCGACAAGUGCGUCCUAUUGUUUUUAAAUCUUGAACCUUAAACCGUACGUUGAAUCGCGGAUAACCUGAUAAAUCGCCGGGUCCCUUGGACUAUGCGCCUGCCAGUAGUGCGACCCUUGAAAGUUUGGUGAUUUUUUUUCAGCGCGGGGGUGACUGCGAGCAAUCAUCCAAGAUGAAUUACAUGGAACGGAUGAUCUCGAAUGUCCGGGAUUUUUACAAGGACAUCAAUCAGGCCACCCUUACCGGUGCUAUCGACGUGGUGGUGGUUGAACAGCCGGAUGGCAGUUACAAUUGUUCACCUUUCCAUGUGAGGUUCGGCAAGUUGGGUGUGCUGAGGAGCAAGGAGAAAGUGGUUGAUAUAGAAAUCAAUGGCAUUCCAAGGGAUAUUCACAUGAAACUAGGGGAAAGCGGUGAAGCUUUUUUCGUGGAAGAGUUGGAAGACAGCGAUGAUCUUGAAAUUCCAGAUAACCUUGCAACUUCCCCAAUUCCAGUAUCAGAAUUGGAAAACAUAUUCAGUCAGACUCGAAGAAGGAGCUUCGAUCUUGGAACCGAAGCUAUAGCGAGCGAAAACCAAGUAAGCGAUUAUUCUAAGAGAAGAAAUACCGCCGACAACAACACGAGCAAAACCGUUAGGGAAAGGGACUUCCUUAAGCGUCACAUAGGCUUGGGAAACAUCGACAUUGGCGAGACCUCCGGUGAUGACCUUACUCUGUCCAUGCAGUCCACCACGGUGGGCCCCAGCAGCGAAGACAUCAGCAAGAAUGACGUCUCUGAAACAAUUUUCAAGAUGGAUAGCCUGGAAAAUGAACCCAGCCUAGCUGAUACAGAUCCUAAGACCAGUCUUCAAACAACGCCGACAGAAUCUAUAUCUGAAACUACCAAGAGUAGUAAGAGGAGAAGGAGGAAGAUGAAGAAGAAGAAUGCGCCCAGGAGGUCUUCUAGUAACAACCAGUUGCCUACAGAGGGUGCUGAAAAAACCGGGGAGUCAGCUACCGAAAAAAGUUCCCUUACCAGCAGCAAUUCCGAGUCUGAAAUAAAGGAAACUCAAAGCUUGGACGAGCAGGCUUCAGGCACUAACAGAAAAAUUUUGGACCCUGAUAUCCACUUCUUCAGCGACACUGAAUUGACAGCUGGUGGAAACACAGACUCUAGAAAUAAUUCCACGUUGCAUCUCAUCGAAACUGUUCAGUCUGAUUCGGAGAUCGAAAUGAAGAAUAGAAAAGAUUCUGAGAACGACGACGGACGUAGUUGGGAAUGGGGCGGUUUUCCCCAAAAUCAAAACGGCGAAUCAGAGAACUGCACCAAGACAGAAGAACAACAGAAGAUGUCGAUGAUCGCCACAAUGUUUUCUUUCAUGAAGACAAAACACAUUUCACAGAAGAGGAAUCAGGAAGGUGUCUACCUGACUGACAUAACCUCAGGAAACUUGGAUCCCGAAACAGCCGAGUUGUAUUUUCCACGAAGCCGAAAGCCGCAAGAUGGCGACAUGGAUUGUGAAUCAGGAAAUGGACCGUCAUUGGCUCAGAGCCCUAACAGCGUGGAAGGAUCCAAGUCGGUGGAUUCAGAUUUCGACGAACAGAACAAAUUGGCUCAAACUUACAUCAACGAUAUCUCCAUAUCUUCAUGCGGCUGGACCCCAGAGCCAAAUCCAGAUAGAUUCUUGGAAAAUGUCAUUUCGUUCAGUGAUCUUUGCAAUAACCCAACCAUUUUGGAAUCUGAAAGGCUGGUGGUUCGAAUUAAGGAUAAGUACUAUAAUUGGAAGGUUGCUGCUCCUCUAAUAGCAAGUUUGAUGAUCUAUCACAGGCCUUUACCACAGUCUUCUAUAGAUCAGUUGUGCAAUGUCCACAUGCCUUCCACCAGUAAAUCGACUAGUCAGAACAAAAUUCAAGCAAAACAGGAAGAAAGAUAUUCUUGGUGGAGUUGGAGACGAAGUAGAUCUUCGCGUGAAACAACACCUGUAGUUGAAAAUGCUGAAGAAAUCACCGACCCUACAGGUGACCCAUCGUUAGAUGAGCAAAAUAAACAACAAGGUGAAAUAAAGGAUCAGGAAAAAGAAGCUGGUACUCCAGAAGAUUCUAAAAACACCGAUCUCAGUUACAAAUCUACCAAAGACGAAGUCAGCGAGAGUCAAUCUCAGAAAGCGCCAGAAAAAUAUAGGAAAACCCUGAGGUUGAGUUCCAAACAGAUUGUGAGUCUUGAUUUACAAGAUGGAAUUAAUGAAGUCGACUUCAGUGUAACAACAGCUUAUCAAGGAACGUCCCGCUGCAAAUGUUUCUUGUACAAAUGGAAAUGGGAUGAUAAGAUUGUCAUUUCUGACAUUGACGGUACCAUAACAAAGUCUGAUGUGUUGGGGCACAUUCUUCCUAUUGUAGGAAAUAAUUGGGCUCAGAAAGGUGUAGCUCAGCUCUUCCAUAAAAUUGCUGACAAUGGCUACAAGCUGCUCUACCUUAGCGCUAGAGCUAUCGGUCAGGCUCGUGUUACUAGGGAUUAUCUGAAAUCCAUCAAGCAAGAAGAUGUCUCCAUGCCUGCUGGACCAGUACUAUUGAACCCAACAUCCCUCAUUUUAGCAUUUCACAGAGAAGUUAUAGAAAAGAAGCCAGAACAGUUCAAGAUCCAGUGUUUGACUGAUAUCAAAGCUCUGUUCCCGUCAGACUCCCAUCCGUUUUACGCUGGUUAUGGAAAUAAGAUUAACGAUGUCUAUGCUUAUAGUGCGGUAGGAAUACCAAUCGAAAGAAUCUUCACUAUAAACCCCAAGGGUGAGCUGAAGCAUGAGCUCACUCAAACCUUCCAGUCAAGUUAUUCGAAUAUGAGCUUCAUUGUGGAUCAACUGUACCCAUCCAGAGUGGAGCCUGCAAAUGACUACUCCCAAUUCAUAUAUUGGAGAGAUCCCAUCACGCCAUUGGAUGAAUUGCCAGAGUUGUAAAAAUCAAACAGAAUGUAACAGUGGCAUUCCAUGAAUAUACACACCUUGAACACUAAAUUAAAAGCAUGAAAAUUCCUCUAGUUUUUAUUCUAAAUGCUUUAGAUGUAUUGAUUUAUUGAAAUGUAUGCAGGGCUUAGAUUCUUCAUUUUUACUUUGUAUUCGAUAUAUUGAAGACUGCUGGCAUUGUGAUGAAUUAUAAAUGAAAAUGUUCAUUUCGUUGUAAUCGCAAUUGAAACAUUCAAUAAUCGGCAUCACUUACCUCUAACAUUUCUUUGCCUCCUCUAUUAUGAAAGCAUCUUUCAAACAAAAUGUUGUGAUUUUAGAUUAAUUUUAUCGUUCAGAUUCCCAGGAAUUUCAAAUACUUGAAUUUGGUUAGACAUUGACAUUUUGGAAAACCUGUGUUUCGUUUAUUUAUAAGAUAUUCCUUGGUUUUUAACUGUGAGCGUCAUUUUGAGAUCAGCCUUGAUAUUUGUAAUGUUUCAGUUUACCUAUCUAAAUUAUUCUUAUUGCAGAUAUUAGCUUAUGAAUGUAUGUUAUGCUCAAGUCAUGUUUAUUACACAAAAGAAAUUUAUAUAUUGUAUCGAAAAAGAAGAAGCUUAUUGUGGAUAUGUAUUUCAAUAUAGCUUAUAUAGCACUUGCUGGGAUCGAGUGAAAGAUUACUGUUAAUUGAAUUCCUUUUAGUUUAUAUUUAAACUUUCAUAAUGUUGAUGUAUUAUGAUUUUUGUGAUAUCUCAGUGAUCAUUUCUAGUUUAGAAUUUUGAGUUUCCAAAACUAAUUUUAUUUUUGUUAGUUGUGACUUUGUAGGCACUAUAGAAUAUUUAUUAAAAAUUGAUCGAGUAA